ACCCGUGGCUCUAGGAACCCCCUCCUCCCCCCAGUGCAGCGGUCCUCCACACAGCCAGGUGGCGCCCUGACCCGGACCGCCGCCGGACAGGCAGCGCCACUAACAGGCAUGGCUCCAAUUCGGGACUCGGUCAGCCACUCCCCUAACCAAACAGGUUUGGACCGCCCUGGCCUGGAGUCUCAGUAUGAGAAUUCCCCCUGGAGCUCUGCUUCUCCCUGCGACGGCAACAGUAACUGGGGCAAGGUGCUGGUAGACUCGGUCUGCAGUGACACGCCGUCCUCCUCCUCUAACUCGGCAGCCGGCAGCAGCUCCGGCAGCGACCCCGAGCUCACCUCAGAAUGCAUGGACACAGACUCCGCCUCUAGCUCCGCUGGCUCGGAGAAGAACUUGGUCACCGCGAUGUCGUCGUCGCCGCCCCCGGGCGCUAACGAAAACGGAAACCGUAACGGGAACCGUUUCUCCCCCCUGACGGUGACUAACGGCAACGCUCCUCCCGGUAGCAGCAGCAAUAACGUCGUGAUGUGUAACGGGGCGGUGAAAGGCCCGUGGGGGGGCGUGGCCAACGGCUCCGACGACGACUCCUCCGCCCCCGUCGACGGUAACCACGGCAACAAGCCCAGCCCCUGGGCGUCGGCCAACGGAGCUGGUGUGACCCCCGGCGCUUUGAACCCAAAAGUUAACCACAGUGCCUGGCCCGGCCCCCAGGGACCCUCUGGCUGUAAGAUUGGCCAGCAGGGAGGCUCUCUGGGCUGGGGAGGGACACAACCGGACAACCUCUCUACGUCUCUGUCUGAACAGCGGUACCACUUCCUGAAUGAUACCACUAUCAAGACUCACCACCUGAACACUGAAGCAACCAACGGACCAAUUCACACUACUGACGCCGUCGACGCCUCUAGUUUACCAAACUCUACACGCGGCUCGGCGCUGCGUUCCUGGGGAGCGGGAUCAGAGGUUGGAGAUCAGCUCUCCAACGGGACUCUGUCCGACGUCCAGCACCCCCACGGCGAGGGCCUGGCACGGGGCUUCUGUAAGCCUUGGGGGGCCUCGGGCGACACUGUGAACGGCCAGGGACAGGGCCAGCCCUCCUCCUCCUCCUCCUCCUCCGCUGCUGUUUACAACAGUAAAAAUAACAGCAAGGACUCUGUAGGGAGGUGGGACUCUGGUCCCGCUGCUUCCUCCUCACCUCGCAACCUGUCCUUGGGGACUGGAGGAGCGGCGAGCAAUGGGAACGGAGUGGGUCCUGCCGGGAUCCCACGACCAUGGGGAAACGCCUCCUCUUCCUCGUCCUCUUCUUCGUCUGGCUCCUCCUCCAACAGGCAACCCCCCGGUGGGGAGUGGAGCUCGUUGCCCGGCAACAAAUCUCAGGAUUCCGGCGACGGACGGAAGUCGGGAGGAGGAGCCAAUGGCUGGAAGAGUCUUGAAGAUGACGCACUCAGGAUGGGAGGAGGAGGAGGAGGAGGAGGAGGAGUGCAGGGACAUGCGAGCGGGUGCCGGGGGACGUCUGGAGGAAGUGAGGGGAGCGGGGAGAGCUCUGGAGGCCGUAGCUUAGACAGGGACAGGAACGACCCCCGUCCAAAAGGCCCCCUCCCUGGGUCAACUCAUCAAGUCCUCUCCUGUACAGACGUGGACCCACGUGUCCUCUGUAACACUGGCUGGGGCCAGACCCCAGUACGCCAGAACACGGCCUGGGACGUCACCUCUCCCGCCCCUAGACCCGAUGACAGGAAGUCCAGUCACGGAGGCCCUGGCUAUGGCUCGAAAAGCCACACGGCUCGUUCUCAGACCUCCACCUCUGGAGGAUGGCGGGGAGACGGGCCGGGUAAUACAAGCCCAGAGUCAGGAGGGUCUGGCUGGGUAGAGCAGAAGACCUUGUCUGGUUGUGGAGACAGAGACAACAAAGGUCCUGGAGGAGAACGAGGAUGGGAUCACAGCAACUCUUCCUCUACCUGGGGGAACAGCCAGAAGGAAGACCUCUCCAACACCUGGACCAACCCUCCUAAAACACAAAAGCAGGGCUGGGGCGCCACUAGUGGCGGUGGGGGCGGAGACCGCUCCAGAGGAGGAGGGAGCAGCAGCUACUGGGGCCAGCCCCAGAGGACUAGCGGGUCUGGAGGAUGGGACAACGACAGCGACCGUUCAGGGUCUGGAGGAUGGGGUGAGCCCGGUCACCCGGGCAACAACAACACACACCCCGACGACAGCAGCAGCAGCACCUGGGGUGUCAGAGGAGCGUCCAACACCCCCGACCAUCCCAGCAACCCUCACUCUGGCUGGGGAGAGCCCCCUCCUGCGUCCGUCCCCGGACCCAAACCCCAGAACCACCAGACUCAGGGGGGGUGGGGCGAGCCGGCCACGAAGCCCGGCCACCCCUCUCAGAGCUGGGGGGAACCGGCGCCACCCUCCGAGUGGGGUAAAAGUCCAGACUCUAACUCCAACGCUGGCCCGGACCCUAGAGCACAUCCACCAGGCGGUCCCCAGCCCUCAGGCCCCGGAGGUUCCAAACCCAGCGGCUGGACUGGGGUGGCGGUCCCUGUUGGACCCUCCCACAAGGAGGAGGAGUCGUCUACCGGGUGGGAGGAGCCUAGUCCAGAGUCGGUGAGGAGGAGGAUGGAGAUCGAUGACGGGACCUCGGCGUGGGGAGACCCCAACAAAUACAACUGUAGCGGGGUUAACAUGUGGAACAAGACCAGCCAAUCAGAGCAGGAUGCCAUGACCAAACCCCAGCAGCAGCCCCCACCACCCCUGAACAACAUGGCCGACAAGGACAAGACCUGCAGCCCUGGCUGGGGUGAACAGUACGGAGGUCCCCAGAAGAUGGAGUCAGGAACGUGGUGUGAGCCGUCAGCCCCCCCUGUCUCUGUGGACAACGGGACAUCGGCCUGGGGGAAACCCAUGGACACCAGCUCCACCUGGGAGGAGCUGGGACACCGAGGGGACAGAGACCGAGGGGACAGAGACCGAGGGGACAGAGACCGAGGGGACAGAGACCGAGGGGGCACCUCUGGGACAGGAGGCUGGGAAGGACCUGGACCACAGAACCACCACAAACCUGGUCCCAAGCCCAUGCAGCAGCAACAGCAGGAGAGUGGUACCUGGUGUGGGGAGGAGGUAUCGUGCCAGUCCAGUUGGGAACCGGAGGAGGAGGUGGAGAUCGGGAUGUGGAGCAACGCCCCAAGUCACCGAGACCGGGAGAGAGACGGUCACAGAGAGAACUACCGAGACCGGGAGAGAGACGGCCACGGUCAGGACAACCGGACUAACGGGCCUCAGCAACACAGCUGGAAUUAUAUGAAGAAAAUCCAUCCUAAGAUGAACAAAUCAGUGAACAAGCAGGAGGAUGUCUGGAUGAACCAGUUCGUCAAACAGUUCAACAACAUGAACUACCCUAGAGACUCUUCUGAAGACUUGUCAAAAAGCAAUAAGAUGGAGAUGGGGGGAGGAGGAGGGAUGAUGUCUGACAAACGUAUGGAUGUGAACAUGGGAGAGUACAGUGGAGCGAUGGGGAAAAACUCUUCCUCCAGGCACCAGAUCCACAAAGAGCCUUCCAUGGAGAGAAGCGCUUACUACGACAAGCUUUCCCUGCCGCUCUCUGCUUAUGAUAGCUCCGCCUCGGAGGAGCUCUCCUCCAAUCACGGCAUGAGCUUUUCCCCCUCCCACUGUGCUCAGCCUAUGCCCUCUCUCUGCUCAGGGCAGGCUCCCACCCCCUCUGUUUCUGAGGCUGGUAGGCAGAAUGUAACCUCCAUGUACGGCAGCAGUGCAGCACCAUCUCAUAACGCUCCCCAGCCCCUCAACUCAGCCCUGAACAAUCUCCGUAACCAAGUGCCUCCCCACGUCCUGUCCCCUCAGGUCCCUCCGUCUCUCCUGAAGUACCCUCCUAGUGCAGGAGGUCUGAACCUGUUUGGUCCACAGCAGGUCGCUGUUCUCAACCAGCUGUCUCAACUCAACCAGCUGUCUCAACUCAACCAGCUGAACCAGUUACAGCGUCUCCUCCUCCAGCAGCAGCAGCAGUCUCAGCAGCAGAAUCAGAGACCGAUGCCUGUUGGACACCAGCAGCAGCAGAGUCACAGACCCAUGCCUGUUGGACGCCAGCAUGACCAGCAGGGCCGUCCUAUUGGUUCGUCCCAGUCGAUGAUGCAGCCUCCGCAUCACCUCGACCCCUCCCUCCUGAAGCAGAACCCCGCCCACCAGCCCCUCAAGUCCUACCUGGACAACUACAUGCCCCAGAAUGCAUCUGAGCUGCAGAAGGAGCCCAACCCCAUGGGCUCCUUUACCAACUUCCCUUUAGGUAGGCCUUCAUGAUGCCUGAUGGAAAUAUCAACCUGGUCCUUUAGUAGGGCCCUCAGGGGGCCUGCUGUGGUGGACUAGUGUCCUGCCCA